GCUCGGAGCUGCGGGGGCUGUGCCGGCACCCGGGCGGCUGGUCUGUGUACGCCGACGCCCCUUGUCCUUAGCAGAAAGACAGCCGGGUGACAUCGUGAAGGGCACAGCUCGUGGGCUGUCACCGGAGAAGGAUCAGAGUCAGUCCCUUUUGCCGACUUGGGCCCGGGCUGAGAUGACAGGAAGAGCUAGAGCCAGAGCAAGAGGAAGACCUCCAGCACAGGGGACUGCUCUUCCCGCUGUUGGGGCUGCAGCUGCUCAACAGACUGUGCCAUGUCAGCAACCUCAUCAGCCACGAGCUCUUCCUGCAAUAGCAGAGGAGCCUGUUAGCAGAGGACGACAGAGGCAAGCUCGCAGCGCUCCACGAGACCAAAAGGAGAAAAAACCAGAAGGAUUACAGGUUUCUGCAGGACUUCAGAUUUCUGCAGGACUUCAGGAACUGUCUUUAGCAGAUAGGGGUGGAUAUCACAGAGAUUUCCAUGACCUCGGGGUAAAUACUCGGCAAACCAUAGAACAUGUGCAAGAAUCUAAAACUGGUACUUCAGGUACUGUGGUAAAACUGGUUGCAAAUUACUUUCGUGUGAUGUCUCGACCACAGUGGGCUUUAUAUCAGUACCACGUUUGUUACAGUCCCGAGAUGGAAGCCCGCCGCCUUCGAUCAGCUUUGCUUUUUCAGCACGAAAACUUACUUGGAAAGACGCAUGCAUUUGAUGGAUCAAUAUUAUUCUUGCCAAAAAGACUAGACAAUAAGGUGACUGAAGUGUUUAGUAGGACUCGAAAUGGAGAGAAUGUGAAGAUAACAAUCACGUUGACUAAUGAGUUGCCACCUUCUUCACCUACAUGUCUACAUUUUUACAACAUAAUUUUUAGAAGGAUUCUGAAGAUGCUGAACUUGCAGCAGAUUGGACGCAAUUAUUACAACCCCAAUGACCCAAUCUCCAUCCCUAAUCACAGGUUGAUGGUUUGGCCAGGCUUCACAAGCUCUAUCCUUCAGUACGAGGAAAACAUUAUGUUAUGUGCAGAUGUCAGCUACAAGGUUCUUCGCAGUGAAACAGUGUUGGAUUUUAUGUACAGUCUGUAUUACCAGGUUGAAGAGCAAAGAUUUAGAGAUGCCUGUGCUAAAGAGCUGAUAGGUUUAAUUGUUCUUACAAAGUACAAUAACAAAACCUACAGGAUUGAUGGCAUUGAUUGGGAUGGCAAACCAGAGCAUAUCUUUAGAAAAGCAGAUGGUACUGAGAUCAGCUUUGUGGACUACUACAAGAGGCAAUACAAUCAAGAAAUUACUGACUUGAACCAGCCUGUCUUGAUCAGUCAGCCUAAGAGGAGAGCCAUCGGUCUGACAGGCCCUGUGGUUUUAAUUCCAGAGCUGUGCUUCCUAACAGGAUUAACUGAGAAGAUGCGUAAUGAUUUUAAUAUGAUGAAAGACUUGUCUAUUCAUACACGGCUGCCACCUGAGCAAAGGCAACGUGAAAUUGGAAGACUCAGAGACUACAUCCAAAAUGAUGAAAAUGUUCAGAAGGAACUCCAAGACUGGGGCUUAAACUUCGAUUCUAAUUUAUUAUCCUUUCCAGGAAGAGUUGUUCAGGGAGAAAAGAUCCUUCAAUCAGGAAAUGUGUUUGAUUACAACCCUCAGUUGGCUGACUGGUCAAAGGAAACCAGAGGAGCUCCCUUAAUCUGUCCAAAGCCACUGGAUAACUGGGUGUUAAUGUACACACGGCGCAACUAUGAUGUUGCUAAUGCAUUAGUUCAGAAUCUGUUUAAAGUCACACCAUCUAUGGGAAUCAAAAUGAAACGGGCAACAAUGAUAGAAGUAGAUGACAGGACAGAAGCUUAUCUGAGAGCUAUACAAGAAAGUAUUACACAUGACACAAACAUAGCAGUUUUUAUUUUAUCUAGUUCCCGAAAAGAUAAAUACGAUGCUAUCAAGAAAUACUUAUGUACAGAUUGUCCCAUCCCAAGUCAGUGUGUGCUUGCUCGCACUUUAAGCAAGCCUCAGACAGCUAUGGCAGUAGCCACAAAAAUUGCUUUACAAAUGAACUGUAAAAUGGGUGGAGAACUUUGGACUGUUGAGAUCCCACUGAAGCAAGUAAUGAUUGUGGGAAUUGAUUGUUAUCAUGACACUUUAGCUGGGAAGCAGUCAAUUGCAGGAUUUGUUGCUAGCAUGAAUCAAACAAUGUCACGGUGGUUCUCGCGCUGUGCUGUUCAAACUCGUGGACAAGAACUUGUGGAUGGGCUCAAAGCCUGCUUGCAAACUGCUCUAAGAGAAUGGUUCAAGUGGAAUAAGUGUUUGCCCUCUCGUAUUAUUGUGUAUCGCGAUGGUGUAGGAGAUGGACAGCUGAGCGCUUUGGUUAGUUAUGAAGUACCUCAGUUUCUGGAUUGCUUGAAGAGUGUGGGCAAAGACUACAAUCCACGACUUACUGUGAUAGUUGUGAAGAAACGAAUGAAUACCAGGUUCUUUGUACGGUAUGGUGAAGCACUUAAAAACCCACCCCCGGGUACUGUGGUUGAUGUGGAGGUUACCAGACCAGAAUGGUAUGAUUUCUUUAUUGUGAGCCAGGCUGUGAGAAAUGGUUGUGUUGCACCGACUCAUUAUAAUGUUGUUUAUGACACCAGCAAACUGAAACCAGAUCAUAUGCAACGUUUAACCUACAAACUUUGCCACUUGUACUAUAACUGGCCGGGUGUUAUCAGAGUACCUGCUCCUUGCCAAUAUGCUCAUAAACUGGCUUUCCUCGUCGGUCAGAGUAUUCACAAAGAACCAAACCUCCUGCUUUCAGACAGGCUUUACUACCUUUGAACUUACUCGCUAAAAACUACAGUUCCUUUCCAGGAAUGCUGAAUUAUCAGGGGUUUGUGUCUUGUUUUGUUUUGUUCUUUAUAAAUGUGUUCUUGGGAUAAUAAGCAUGUACAGUUGUGGAACUUUUCUUUGUAGCAGCUCAAAGUAGACUCCAUCUCUGCUUGCUGUAAGAUCUAAACACUUCAAACUUGGUUGUUUUUUUAGUAUUUAUUUACUGCAGUGUUUUUGAAAUUGACAGAAGUUUAUCAGUUCUUAUUUAUGUUUUGGGGAAGUCUUACUCAGAAUUAUUUUGAAAUACAAGAUGUGUAGUUGUGUGGACCAAACUCUGAAUUUCUCCAGUUUUAAUUUUCAAAAUGCAGUUGUUGCUUCCUUGUUUUUCUUGGCUGUUAAAAUGAGGGUAAAACUUUGUCUCCUAAACUGUUUUGUAUCUUAAAAAGAGGCUGUUGGAUGCUUUUAGUUACCAGGUCUCUGGCUUAAGAUUACAUAGUGCUGCAGAACAUUUUAGCACUUGCCCUUGUAAGUGAUUUGCAGUAAAUUGUCUUUUGCUUGCACGUGGCUCCCCAGGAGAAGAGGGAAGUGACCUGGGACUUUUUCAAGCUGGCGUAGCUGAAGAGGAGGGUCUGUGUACAGGGUCAGUGGUUCAGGAAUGAGUGUCAGAGGUAGGAUUAUUUCUGGUUUACCACAGCUAUAGGAACACCUUUAUUGGCUAAGGCUAGAGUUUUCUUUUCAUAAAAAGGAUGUCUCUUGAUUAAGCUGGAGAGCUGGUAUAGGGCUGUGUUAGCAUUGGCUAUCUGUUGACAUACAUUUUCUUAGUCUUGUAACUUAUUUACUGCAUAGUUUGAGUUAAUUGUUGUUUACAGAACUACAAAUUCAUAACUGGAAGAAACUGAGUUUCUUGAUUGACAUUUAAUUGAAUGCUUGCUAAAUGAGAGCAAGAACGUUGGUGCCUUGGUGUGCAAAAAGGUAGAUGGUUGUCCUGUUAGUAGUUGGUUUUUUGGUUGUGCUGUUCCAAGUAAUAGGAAGUGUUUAGGUCUCAGGUUGUGUUGCUGGAAGUUGAUUUCAGAUUUUUGCAUCACCACCUGCUGAGUCAGAAUAGUGCAUGUGGAAGACUUGGAUUAGUGCUGAGUAACUGACUUUUUGUGGGCCUUGUUCCUUCUCUUUGUGAGAUUUCAAUAAAGUUGCUGUGUUCAUCCUUGCA